GUGAGUCAGAUCGUCAACUGUACUACACAGUACACAGUAGUGAGUAGCAGUCGACGCUCGGAGUGCUUGCCGCGACUUUACCGCAAGUUUUCACACAAGUGAACGUGCUCUAGCUAUGUAGAUAGACCCCUGGAGUCACACGUAUACAGUUUAAAGUGCUUUUAACCUAUAAAAUGCUGAUGCCCGGUGCUCUAGGAUCCACGGACAGCAUGUUGGGAACCGCCGAUGGUCUGGUUGGGAGUCUGGCUAGUUUGACCACCCCUACGGGAACUACCCAGCAGAAAGACACUACUUGGACGAAACUGUUUGUCGGAGGGUUGCCGUACCACACGACAGAUAAGUCGCUGCGAGAACACUUCUCUGUGUUCGGUGAUAUCGAGGAGGCGGUGGUCAUCACUGACAGACAGACCGGCAAGAGCAGAGGAUAUGGAUUUGUGAUCAUGGGAGACCGACCCGCAGCCGAGAGAGCGUGCAAGGAUCCCAACCCCAUCAUCGACGGCAGAAAAGCCAAUGUCAACCUAGCCAUCCUGGGGGCGAAGCCCCGGGGCAACGUUCAACCAGGUCAGAGCUUUGGUUGUGACAUUUCAUGUUUCCAAUUCCCUGGAAUAAGGACAACCUACCCCACUGUAUUGCAGAGCCAGUACGGUGUACCGCCCGGUUAUGUGUACCAGUCACCUUACCUGAGCGCCGCAGCCGCUGCGACCCCCGGGGUUGUGUCUCUACCCCCGGCCCAACUGUCACACGCAGCACUCGCCGCAGCCGCAGCAUCGCAGUUCUAUGAGUACCAGAACGCAGCAGCCGCCGCCGCAGCCGCAGCUGCAGUGUCUUCCUACCCCAGCCAGGCAUACACUAACGGCUUUGAGACUUACCCUUACACUACGGCUGCCGGGGCUGCCAGCUAUGUGACUCCGUAUGCCUAUGCCACUCUGCAGCAGUCCGCAGCUUUGCCCACCGCAGCCACUGCAGCCAGUGCCUUUACCGGACUGUCACCCUACACCGCAGCCGCAGCACAAGCAGCCACUCUGCAGGAGGCAAGGCUACAAUGAUCCCCUCCCUCGUCUUAGCCCUCACAUUGUUAUCCGGCCUCGGGCCGAACAUUGUUAUCUUGUUGGCAAUAUCGGUUGUGAUCGUGUGGUCAAACAUAAUUGUGCAAACGUAAUUGUGCGGCAUCUAGCAGUAAUUUAGUGUUAAUUUAUCGUUAAUCGUAAUGGACUAGUUACUUUCAUAGGGUAGUUUAAUUUCCUUACACAGAUUCUCUGAGAAAUCACUUUGAACGGGGGAACGUUCGAAUUCCGAAGCUUUAUUAAAAUUAAAAGUUAUCGGAUGUUUUUUCGUUAGGCCUUCAUAUUUAUUUAUUAAUAUAUUCUUCUGUUACGAUGUUUAGAUUUUUUAUUUGUUGUAGACAUUUGAUGUACAUUUUACAAUCUUAAUUAUUUAUUAGCUCGACAAAAAUAUUUAAUUAAUUCAUUAGUUCUUAUACUUCGUACGACAGCUUAAAUUUUUCUCUUUGAUGUAUCUUAUUAGUGAUGCAACUAUGAUAUUUGUAAAUAUUUAAUAAUACAUUAUAAUUAACAAUGUUUGUAUCACCGUGUACUAGACUCAAACUUUCUUAGUUUACCAUUUUAAGAAUCUCAUUUUCAAUUACAAUCGCAAUUUCACAUUUUAAAAUGAGGCGACUUGAAUUUUGCUUUUGAACCACAUAGGUACCCUAACUUAUUUCUUUUACCUAGCUAUACAAUUGUACUAUGUUUAUGGGGAUAUUAACACAUGCCCCACACAUUAUCUUAAGUAACUUGUAAAUUAGAUAGUAAAUCUGUUAUCUAAACUGCUUUGCCCCAGUGCUAUAUGGGAAAGUUAUUUAAAAAAUAAAAAUAAUAAGAUAGUUUUCUGGAUAACAUUUUAUGUAAUUUUUACAAACUAAACCUGGACUAACAUCACACUGCAGAAAAUGUCUGUAGUGAAACUACAACUAAAUGUACAAAUACAUUGACCAAAGAAUAUCCAACUGCAAGACUUGAUAGUCUAUGUCAAUUAACAAAUCAUACCAAAUAAUAAUUCAGUCAACAAACUUUGUAGUCAGAGGUUUUAAUGUUAAGUUUAGAGCACUGCUUGAUAUGUUAAAUGUUUUUAGAUGUUGCCUUGGUAGUCAAUUUAAAAAUAUUCUUACUACUUAAAUAUUGAAGGUGUACAUGUACUACCGUACUUAUGCUAGAAAAGAAUAUUCACAAACUAUUAUCAAAAUUGGCCAGUAAAAAAUCAGCUCUGUGUUUUCAUAUUUGAAAUUAUUUCAUACAUCACUUAAUAUUUAAGCGUGACCAAAGCAUAACAAAAAUGCAAACUAAUUAUGGAAAAACAUGAUAUGCAACAUAACUAUUUUCAAGUACUGUAUUUCGAGUACAGCUCUGAUCUCAUCAUGUUGACAUAUCAGCAAACCAACCACUAACCUGUUAAUUUUAGUUCCGUUUAGUCAAGUUGACUGAUCAUAUUUUUCAAGCACUGCUACAGCAUCCAUUUCGUGUGCCAUCGUUAGUAUUUUGAGGCUUCGAAAUGCGAUCGCCAUACCUCAUACCAUUAAAAGGGGUUUAGAUGACGUGUAAAAUUUGUUCAUAUAUUUAAAAACACGUUACUUAGCAAUAGAAUAUAUUAGUAAUCGUAAGUGUUAGCAAUAAUUAUUAAGUACAUUAAUGAAAUGUAAUAUUUUUAAUAUCUAGUCCAUAUCCUCCUGACUGACGGUGAUUGAGCAGGACAGGGUAUAUUACCCAAUGUUAUAUUGGAAAUCUGUUACCCGAAUACAUUAGGGAAGCUAUUUCCAGUAUUUUUAUAAUAUUUAGUAAUUUAGAUAAUGUAGUUUAUUCCAUAAGUAAUUAUCAUUUAUGUUCUAAUAGAGAUGUGCAAUAAAUACACCGAUUUAAUUGGGACGCUCGUACGACUGCGUCAAUCUUGUAAAUGUAACUCCUCCCUUAAAUUAUGCAAAAUCAUUUCUCAUUCACUUUUUGUUUGGUGCAAUAUUAUAAAUUUGGUGUUUAGUGUUAGUUGAUUUUUUUACAGUUUUGUAUUUUCGUAUUCGUAUCUUGCAUAUCUCUAUAGUGUAAUAUUGCUCAGUUGUUUAUUAAAUAGGAAGAGCAAAUAUGAUUUGCCCCUGUGAUUCCUGUUGUUAGAACAGUAAAGUACUUAUUAACUCAUUACCGUCCUAUCUGGCCUUACCAGAGUGUCAAACGUACAAGUUAUAACAGACUCAGUGCCUUGAGUACAGUCUCAUCAUCACUAACACAUCUCUGAUCCGUAUAUAACACUCAUGUCAUUUUAUCAAUUCACAAUUUAAUAUAUAACUAUUAUAAAUAGGAAAAAUUGUAGCUAUAAAAUAAAAUGUUACUUAUAAA